AUGGCCGUCUCCUCACGCCCUAUAACGUCCAUUGUGCUGUUGACUCUUUUUGGCGGACUGGGCGCGCUCAUCAUGGUGCUGCGACUCUUUCUGCGCAAGUAUCGGCGACAGCGGUUCGAAGCAGGCGACUACUGCACUUUCUUUUGUCUUGUGACUCUUCUCUCUUGCGUCGGGUUGCUUACUGCGGUAAGCAGCAUCACCUUGGGUCGGGACGCCGUUUUGGAAGCUCAACAUCUCACCGAUGAACUAUUCAACGACCAACUGCUCAAGAAUAAGAUGCUGGUGGCGCAUCAAGCGAUCUUUCGUGCCUACCUUUGGGGUCAGAAAGCUAUUGUCCUCCUGUUCAUCUCUCGCGUCCUACAGGGUCUGCCAUGGCCCUUCAUCUUCGUUCGCAUUUCUUGGGCAAUCUUGAUACUGAGCUUUGGCGCCGUGGAGCUUGAAAUGUUUAUGGUUUGUGAAUACCGCAAGAAGAAGCCUUGUCUUGAUCGCGUCCAGCAACUUGUGACAUAUAUCCUUCUCAACGGCCUGACUGACCUGAUGCUCAUCGCGCUUCCGCUUCCAUGGCUGGUUCGCGUGAAAAGGCCCUGGUAUCGACGCAUUCAGCUCAUCGCGCUCUUCUCAGUCGGCUUCCUCUGCAUCAUCGCCACGAUCCUUCGAGCCCCGAUUCACGGUGACACCCAAGACCUUGUUGGCCAGGGCUACUGGACAGCUGUCGAGUUCCUUUCAUCGGCCAUCGUCGCCAACUUCCCCACGCUGUACAGCCUGCGCCGCGCCAGGAAGGAUGAGACCCCGGUGUACCCUGAGAGCCCAUACCCGAUGCGGGCUGGGGGUUCGAAAUCUCGGUCGGCAACGAGCAUCGAGCUUCAGGAAGCGUUGGACAUGGAUCGUGUGAAUAGCAACGCGCGGAGUGCAAAUAUCACCAGCCAGGCAAGCAUCGAGCCGCUGUUCCUGAGCGACCCAGAGAGGGAUAGUACUCGGGCUGAGGGGGUACGAUCUAGAGUAUGA